UUGACUCUUUCACACCAUUUUUGCUGAAAUUUAGCUAAAAUGCCUCGAGUGUCGAAAUUCCGGGAAGAACGCGAUGAGAGGAGUCUCAAAGCACGCCUCAGGAGAUCAAAGGCAAAUUUCCGGGAACGCAAUCGCAUGUCCAGCCUCAAUAGAGCUCUGGAUACUCUGCGUGCCAAGGUUCCCCUCAAUCCCACACUGGCCACGAUGGAACUGGACCAGAAUCACAAUCAGAAGUUGUCGAAGAUUGAAACCCUCCGCUUGGCGUACAAUUACAUCAGUGCCCUGGGACAGAGUCUCUCAUGGGGGAGGAAGUUGCAUUUUGAGGAGUUAAUCUUCAUCCUUGCCCGUGGAUUGAGUCAGAGCACCGUUAAUCUCCUCAGGGCACGUCUUCGGUGUGAUUUGGAUCAUGCAGUAGCACAGUGUCUCAUUGAGGAGUCCUCAGCUGAGGACACCACAACUAUGAGAUUCUGGUGUUCCUGUGAUGCCUUCUCGGGUACUUCGAGUGAUUCCCGCACAACCGGCAGUACCGGAAGUACAGACUGGAUGGAUUUUGAUCAGAAUAUGUUUGAUUUUCAAAUUUAA